AUGCGACAUGAAAUUUUGAUUCACUUGUUGGUCUGUCUUUUUUCAGCUACUACUCUGAAUGCUGAACUCGAAAAUAGUACAGUGGAAGAGGAAUUAUUGUCGUCAACGCUAUUAUCAUUGCGACCUAUACAGCUAAAAUUUAAGUCAGAAUUAGAAACCACUUUACUACCACUUGAGCCAAGCUUUUUUAUUCAGAACUUAGCGGAAACUAUUGCACCUCGAGAAAGAGGAUUUCUUUUUCCCGAAAUUAAGAGAGCUCGAGAGCUAGGCGCUUCAAAAACUGCAAUUUAUGAACAAGAACCUUCAUCAUCACCAUCGCCAUUUAUUAGUGAAAUCAAUCUCGUUGCAACUAUUGAGGCGCAAUCUGAUCAUAUUAACUACGAAAAUGCAACGCAAGAAGAGAAAAAAAAUAAUUAUGAAGCAAAGGAAACAUCACUUUUGGGUUUUACUGAAAUAUCAGAAGUAAGUUUGUCAGUAAUUAAUGAAACUGCUGUUAUCACUGAAAUGCCAGGAUACAUCAAAAAAGAAGAGGACACAUUGCCUCCAGAGGUCAGAGCAGCAGAUCCGUUUGCAACAGCAAGUACUGGAGAAUCAGCAAUUUCAGUACCAUCAACUUCACAGUUAAAUAUUCGUCAUAUGAUUCAGAAUAAUUCCAGUUCAAAGAUAAAUAUGCAAGCUGGUCCCACUUUUCUGAGUAAUUCUGGUGAUAUAUCAAGUGAAGCAGUGGAAAUGAAGCAGACAAGUGUGCUUGAUAAGAUUGUUGAUAUUAAUGCUGUGAUGAGGACAUUUAGUGCACCUUCAUCGUCAUUAAAACCUGAGCAAGGAAUGGUUGCUACAAAAACAACAGAUGAAACUACAAUGGAGUCAGAAACAAAAAUCAACAUACCUGAGGAAGACAACAAAAGCAGCGCUUCUUAUACAAUGGCUACUUUUGGAACAUUAAUUCUGGAAACAGCGUCAGACAUCUUGCACACUACCACGGCUAUCCUUACGCCAGUAGAGCAGUCUGCAGUAUUGCAUUCGAUCGCAACAAAUACAUUUAGUGCAGGAACUAAUGAGCAGUCAACAACGAUCAGACAAAUUAUGGCGGAUGAAAAUACCUUUGUUAACAUGUUGCGGGAGUCUGAAAAACACCUCACUUCUCCAGUAACUGAAUCACCAUCAAUAACUGUAUCAGAAGUAUUCACUCACUCAUCUCUCUUCCAACCUUCAGCUGAUGCAUUUCUAACAGAAUCAGUCGCAACACCAUCUGUUGGAAUAAAACAACAAUCGGAAAUACGAAAAGAGUUGCCUCCAACAACAACAAAUAAGUUCAAUACGGCCAGCAUCCGAGAAGAACAAGGUGAUGAACAUGAGCAUGGACAUGAUGAUGAGAGUCUGUUUGUUGGAGAUAAAACAUUAUUCAGCCAAGAUGGCGUCAUGAAAUCAAAUUUCAGUGACAAGUAUUCAGUUACUGGAUCCAUCACUGCAGCUCAAACGCCCGAGGAGAACUUCGGCGUGCCUGGGUUUUCACGUGUGGAAGGAUUAGGGCCAGAAGCUACGGAAGAAAUCCAUGAAGCGGUAACCCUCCAUCCAUCAACUGUACAGUCACCUAACAUUGAAUCUAAGGUACGAACAGAUAUAUCAGUUGAUUUAACUGAAAACUUUCAUCAACUCAAUGGACAUCAUAAUGGUGAACGUACUUCUGCUGAGACCGCAAGGAAUUUGUUUGAAGAUAGUCGGGAGUUAAAGGAUAUCUCUGUGGUUGAUGAGUCCUUUUAUCACACAGAUAUCGAAGAAGCAGCUACUACAAUCAAAUCUGUAAAUGAUGAACGACAAUCAGGACCAAAACCAGUAUCAGAACUUGAACCUGAGCCUGUGCUAUUCCCAGAAAGAGAAAUAUUAGAAACAUCGGAAAGAAACUUUGAGCAAAUUGAUUUUGAACCAAAAGCUGGACCGAAAUUUAAUGCUUUACCUGAAGGUUCUAAAGCAGGUGAAGAUGAUUUAAAUGGUAUAUUGCACACGCAUCAUGCGCAUGUCACUGAUUCUCAUAAUGCUGAAGAAGAAGGAACAUACAAAACAUCAUUCUCAUUUCGUAUCACUAGCAUCGACUAUAUUCCAGAAUUCGGUGACCCAAAUAGCGGGAAAUACAAAAAGCUGCAAGACCAACUUCUACCAGACUUAGAAGAAAUAUUUGGAUCAAUAUUUGGACGUAUAUACGGUGGAAUACAUUUGGUGAGCUUUUUGAAAGGCAGUGUGGUAGUAGAUGGUAUUGUAUUCACAUCAACAAAGCCUAACGACAUGGAACAAUUGGCUACUGAAUUCGAACAGCAAAUUACUGCCAAAAAUUUACAAAUUGGUGGUAAUGAUGUGGAUCCGCGAUCGAUUAUACUUGAUGGAUUUGUAUCAAAGAAUUACAUUGAGAGAACACAUGAAGGUUACACAUCAGACAAUACAUCGUCAUAUAUUGUUGGCGGUGGUAUAGCUGUCGGUGUAUUAGCUGUACUAUUGGUAGCAUUUACUGUCAUCGCUACGAAUAAUAGGCGAACAAAUGGUACAUUGAAAUUGAAAGAAGAAAAUAUAGCAAUGGCUGAUGGCAAUAAGUCAGUGUGGCAGAAUGGUACUUCACCAGUGAAUCUGAUGGGUUACGGGAAUAGUCGUAUGAUACAAGGAGGAGCACCAACCGAUAUACAACCGCCGAUGGUAAUGGUCGGUUCACAAAUGACUGCCAUAAACAAUCAUGCAGUUACUCGUGCUAUUCAAUCUCAUCCCUAG